GUUACACUGUUGUGCCAUUGUUUCCUUGUUUGUCACUAGCCACAGUUUAAAUUACAAGCAUGAAAUGUAAAAAGUCGCUUACAGUUGUGCAUUGCAUUAGUUAUUUGGUCAUUUUUGUUUUGAGAACCAUAUUUUUGAGGAUGCUUUGAUAGCACUUCAAUUUGAUUAUUUGAACGUAGAAAACGCGACCACAACCAUUGCAAAGAUCAUAUUAAACAUCGGUCAUUCUGUAAUCUGUGGUGAGACCGAAGGAUUUUUGCAUUGGGACAGGAUGAACAGUAACUGUUGUGUGUUGAGAGCCGAUAGGAACAGAUAUGUGGGAACAGUUACAUUUUAGCAUUACUCGCUACGAAAUCAAUGCUGUGCACAGACAUACUGUACAUUGGAAACAGAUUACCAAGCAUGAGAGGAACAACUGGACAGUAGCAGCGAAAGGAAUGAACUAAAGGACGAAAUAAGAGAGAAAUUGAAUGAAAUCAUUUUCAAAGAAGUCAGAAUUUUUUUAGGUCAGUCUACGAGCAAGACUGUAGACACAUUGAACACCUUCUGAAAUGAUGUACUUUGACUCAACCCCAUUGUGGAUCCACGUUUGAAUAUGAUAGUGGUAUAUUAAACAAAUAUGAGGAUGGGUGUACUGUUGGUGUCUGCCUGGUUCCUGUUGAUGCUUCACCUCGCCACCUGUGCUUCUGUCAAUUCUACAGUGUGGACAUUUUCAGGCCAGUCUUAUCUUGAAGUAUGGCCACAAUACAGUGACAGUCAGAACCACCAUUUACAGCUAACGUUCAGAACCUCUGACCCCAAUGGUCUGCUGUUCCAUCACCAUCUCUCUGAUUAUAAUAAACAAGAAUUCCCAUUCCUGACACAUUACGAAUUUAUUGGUGAAAUCAGACUGGGUCACAUUAAAGUGAGCUACCUGCUGAAUCAAUAUUCUGAUACGGUGGUGAUCGGGUCAGCGUUAAACAAUGAUAAAUGGCAUUUGUUGGACGUGGUACUGAAUGUUCAGUUGGGCGAACUGGUUGUUUCUAUAAACAAAGAAGUAUCACAAGUGAGAAUGUUAGACUCAUUCAAACGUGGUAAUGCUCGUACAAUUCUGAGAUGGUCUGAACUUCCAUCAGUGAUCAUGUUUGGUGGCUUAAAGCCUACUGAAAGCCAUAAUUUUCAUAAUUUCGUAGGGUGUUUGGGAGAUAUUAAAUAUGAUAGCGAAGAUGGAAAUUUUGUAAAUGUGCCUUUUCAAGAUGAGGUCGAAGUGACUGCUGGUUGUACUGAUAUGUGCAUGAAGGGAGAUAAUUGUGAAAAUCAUGGACACUGCAUAAAUAAGUACACACACACAAAAUGUGACUGCUUUGGAACUGAUUAUGAAGGUGACAUGUGUCAGGUGAAGGGUCCAACAGUGAUGACGUUUCGUGGCUAUGAGUGGGUUACAUACAAGCUCUAUAACAAAGCUGAAGACCUCAUUUACUCUGAUAACACAAGAAUCUCAUUUGAGUUCAAAACAGACCGCGGAUCAGGUGUCCUGCUCUAUGCAGUGGGUGGAGCUGCUCUGCAUUCUCAUGUGACAAUCUCUCUCCAUGCUGGCGAGUUACGUGUGUCCGUCUCCCUUGGAUACAAUGAUCUUGAGUUCAGGAUUGGAAUGGGUCUGGAUGAUAACCUCUGGCACAACAUAACAAUUGCUCAUGACAAACACACCAUUAACGUGAUCAUGGACAUGGAGCAACACAGCCAGAUGUCAAAUGGUAGUCAGUACUUCCUGAUCCUAGACCCCAGAAUCUAUUUUGGUGGUGGUCAUAAUUUUGUGGAAACGAGAGGUCUUCACGUCACUCAGAGUUUCGUAGGAUGUUUAAGAAAUGUGUAUUUCAAUGAGGUAUCUGUCCUGUUUGAACUAAGUCAGAGCAAUGCUCAGUGUGACUAUCAUGGUGGCCUUGCACCAUUAUUUACAUGCCAGACAUUGAAAGAAAUCCCUUUCUCAUUUCCAAAGUCAUCCUCGAUGUUGAGAUGGGUUACGAAACGGCAGCAGGAUCUCAACAUUCAGUUAAAGUUUCGAACAAUACGCAUGGAUGCCAUUUUGUUUUAUGUACAGCUGAUAUCUUGGAAGAGCGAAGGUGGAGGAUAUGAUUUUGGCUAUCUGGAAGUCUGGUUGAAGGAAGGUCAUCCAUCUCUCCACUUUGUUCCGUCAAGAAAUGUGACUUUCACUCAGAUGUUAACAAUACCGGCAUUUGUUAGUAACUCUAGGUGGCACUCGAUGAAGCUGACUCUGAAAAACAGUGAAGUAAAGUUGAAAAUCGAUCAGAUAUCCACCAACACAACACGGUACAUGAAGAUGAUUGAACAGAGAGGGACACUCGUGUUUGGCUAUGGCUUCAGAAACUACAAGGUGCACGAUGGGUUUGUUGGAUGCAUGAAAGAUAUCAAGAUCCAGGGGAAGAAGGUGGAUCCCGUGGCAACUAUUGAAACAGCAUCUGCCAUGGGCCUCAAACUUGAUGGAUGUCAUCUGGUGGAUCACUGUACCACCAAAAAUAUCUGUGAGCAUGGUGGCACUUGUUUGUCUGAUUGGAGUGGAGUGCAUUGUGACUGUCCUCAGCAUUAUGAAGGAAAGGCGUGCCACUUUUCUAAACAUUUACGAACAUGUGACAGCUAUUUCCAGGUUGGACGGAAUGUCUCGGGCAUUUUUGUGAUUGAUGUAGAUGGUAGCGGUCCCCUUGAUCCAGUGUAUGUCUACUGCAACAUGACUCAGGAGCAUAAUAAUCACAGAUUUGGUGAUACUGUUAUCAACCACAACUUCCAUCCUAACACGACAAUUAGACAGGUUGGCUUUGCUAAUCGCAGAUACCACAUCACCUACCAGGGAAUGACCCGAGAUCAUUUAAGAGCUUUAACAUCUUACUCAGCAUCGUGUGAGCAGAAAGUUCAGUAUGACUGUUUGCAGUCAGCACUUAAUCUGGGAGAAAAGACCUGGUUUCAGGCCGCAAACGGUGAGAUUGUUGAUUACAUUGGACCACAGCAAUCAGGAUAUUGUAACUGCCCAAAUGGUGACAUGUGUGAUGGCAAACGAUGUUUCUGUGACCAUGAAUCAUUGGAGUGGAGAAGAGAUCUGGGUCGAAACACCGUGAAGAAACAACUGCCACUGCUUGACAUCACAGUUCUUCAACACACCCAUGGAGAAGCAAGGCUGACAUUGGGACCACUGAAAUGCUGGGGAAGUAUGUACCAACCUCUUGAUAGAACAGUAACGCUGACACAAGAGCAGAGUUUUAUCAAACUGUACGCAUGGCAAAUGGGAGAAAUGAAUUUCAACUUCAAAACAUACCAAAGCCAUUCAUUGGUCAUGUAUCAGAGUCCAACAAAGGAAAACCAUAACAUGAUGAUGAUCACCAUAGAAUCAGCUCAUACAAUAAAAAUUCUCUUUUUUCUGAAAAGUCACUCAAUUGAAGCAGUUCUGAAUUCUGUUAAACCUUUGGAUAAUGGAGAUUGGCAUUCUGUUGUUAUUAAACAUGACAUGUACAAUAUUCACUUAAGUCUGGAUGAAUCAUACAAAAUAGUUGACCUGCCAGAUGAUGUGACAAAUGUGACCAAUUUUGCUGGUAUUAUUUAUCUUGGUGGUGUCCCAGAAGAGGUAAAAGAUCACAUUGUAUCGACAUCUGGCUUUGUUGGAUGCUUAAGAGGUUUCCACUACAAUAGUGCAUUCAAGGACUUAACUGGUGAAAUAGAUGAAAGCAUGACUGGUUUGAAUACUGGAUGCAUGUCAUCAUGUUGGCCCAACCCUUGUGCUAAUGGGGGAGUGUGUCUGGAAGAGUGGGGAACUUACACUUGUCAGUGUUCUGAUAAAUGGUCUCACCAUGGCAUAAACUGUGAGGUGGACAUCAACCUUGAUGCUGUGACUCUUGGUGGAAAAAACAAUUCUUUUCUUUUCUUUGACAUGACUGACAGGUCUGAGAUCCUUGAUCGCACCAUCAUUCUGAGUUUUCGGACAUUCCAGGAAGAAGCUCUUUUGCUCUACAUUCAUGAUCAACUGAACAACUUUGUGCAGAUGGAGCUUGUGGACUCUAGAUCCAUUGCCAUCAGCUACAACACCUUUGACCAAAUUAUUAGAGAAUUGGUAACAGUUGAUGGUAUAUUGAAUGAUGGGAAGUGGAAACAGAUUGUUGCAGAAGAUUUCUUUAACCUUACAAAGCUACAGAUUGAGGGAGUUGAGCGGGUUAUCAAUUUCCGACGGGUGAAGCUGGUUGACUACUCUGCUCAUCCAUUCACUGGAAGUAGACAACAAGAAACUGUUCUCUUCAGAGCUCGUCCUUCUAUGGAACCACGGCACUUUGUGCAUGUCUAUGCUGGAGGUGUACCAAAAGGAGGUGCAGCAGUUGCAUCACUAAAAGGCUGCAUUAGAGGUUUAAAAAUCGGUACUAUUGUUAUGCAGUUGGCUGAGGCAGCUAACAAUAAGGGAAAUAACUCUGAAGUAACUCCUGCCUGCAAAACUGGCUGUCAAGAAAAUACUUGUUUGCAUGGUGGCUUUUGCUAUGAGUAUUGGAAAUAUGGUGAUUACAAAUGUGAUUGCACGGAAAGUGACUAUUCAGGAGUUCAAUGUGAAAUUGAACCUUCAGUAGUGCUAACAGGAAGCUCAUAUGUCCAGUACAGUUUUAAUCUUGGCCCCACAAGCUCACAUAGUAGGACAGAAGAAGUUGCAUUUUCAUUCAAAACCACUGGUACUGACAGGAGGGAUGCUGAUGGCAAUUUGAUGGACAUGUUAUUGGUACUAGUGAGAAGCUCUACAACAAAGGACUAUGUCCUGGCCAAAGUCGAGCAAUCAGGAUCAAUCAUACUGGAAACAAGUCAGGGUUUUGGCAAAUACAUCUUGCGAGUCACGGGAGAUUAUGCCAAUGGUGUUUUCCAUGACUUCCAUUACAAACGAGAGGCAUCAGAUAUGUAUCUCACUAUUGAUGGUGAAAAAAAGGCAAAAUAUAAUUUCCCGGACUAUAGCCUUGAUGAAAUAGAUAAUAUUUUUGUUGGAGGAUCACCACCUGCUGACGAUUACUCCUUGGAGGUCACAAACUUCACUGGAUGCAUGUCUAAAGUGGUAUAUAGUCCCAUGGCAAACACACCAUUAAGGGCAAAGAUUCGUCCUUUGAAAGAAUUGUAUGUCAAAAAUAAAACUGUGAAAGUUCUUGGUUUAAAUGUUACAAGCUGCCAGACACAAAAGCCUCAUGAUUUUGGUAGUACUGUGGCACCUGUUUCUAAGAAAACCACCACCCAGCAUUAUGAGAAGUUGACUAUGCCUCCAUGGAACCCUGGGCCAGCUAAACUUAGAAUCAUUGGCAGUGUUCCCAUUCUUUCUACUGUGCUGCCGACAACUACAACAUCCUACAUCAUUAUUACCAACCUGACACUGACGGUGAUUAAAAAUGGUGUUGCUGAUGAACUGACAGUAGCUGUAGCUGUGUCUGUCAUUGCAGCCUUACUAAUGGUUGCUGUCAUUGUUGCUCUACUGUUGUGUAGAAAAGGCAAGCGACAAGGUGAUUAUUAUUUGAAGAAAGAUGCUGAUUUUGAGAUGAAAGAGCCUUUGCAGCUCAAUCAUUAUGAGGCCAGUCCUGUUCCAUUUGACCAUCUUGCCAAACUGGAUGAGUUCAGCAUGAUUUCUGCAACACUAGGGCCGAGACCAAGCAAUAAAGUAGAACCUUCUGAUCCACCCAACCGAUUCAGCCAGGCAAGUUUCCCUCUGAUAGUGGAAGAACCUCUUUAUCCAAAUGUCAUUUAUAACCAGCGCAAAAAACGACCAGCCUCAUCAAUAUCAGAGGUGCUGGAAGAAAUGGAAAGAAGACAAAAGGGUCAUCUCUCCGAUGACCCUUCAGAACCUUCUUCACAUAAUGAGUUUGCGGCACGAAAUCAUGGUGAAGGAGAGCUGGAAUGGGAUCCUAUUGCGGACAAGACUCCUCUGACAGUUGGUAACAUUACAUUUUUCAACACUCCACUUCUGGCCAAGACACCAGAGGAACCAGAGAAUGAGGACGAGAUACUGCCAAGCAGUGACCACCUUGAAGCAGACAAAGUGACAGACACUGAUCAGCCAAACAGUGCUACAGAAUACAAUGGUGACAGUGGCUAUGAAGCAGAAUCAAGACCAGAGAAUACUGAGGAAGAUGUGACACCCAUAUCAACAGUGGAUGAUGACUUGCCAGAUAAGAUGUAUAUGUAUGACCUCACAAGCUUGGAGGAUAAUUCAAAUGACUUGUCAAGUCCAAUUCGACACUUACUAGCUGAUCAUGAACGUGAAUCCUUCUUGUGAGAUGCAUGUUGUUUUCAAAUAUUUAUACAAGAAAUCCACAAAUAAUCCAGACUUUAUAACAAAUAACAUUGCUGGCCAUAUAACCAUUUUUGGAUAUUCUGCAUAUAUUAUAUAGCUAUUCUGGAUGAGUUCCAGGUGACAGUAGGAUUCUGUAUGCUGCAGCCUACAAAUAUGUCCUAAAUGUUUUCAUUAUUCAUUCAGUAUACAAAUUUUAAAUGGCUUAAUUAACAUAUGCAAAAAGUGAUUUGACAGUCUGUUAACCUAAGUGUAAGAAUGUCUGCUUUUCCCGGUAAGUUUUUGAUGCCAUAUUUGGAAAGUUCUUCCAGAUAUAUUGUGUGAUUGUUGUUCUGAUUGUCAAAUUGUGACUGUUUAAUUUUGCUGGAAAAUAGAUAUUGAUUUGUAGCAAUUAUUUUCUAUGUAAAAUUAAUUCUCUCUCUCUCUCUCUCUCUCUCUUAUUUAGACUUUUAUCAUUACUUUGUGCAAAUUUUGCUUCAGUAAUACAUUGACCUUUAUCUAUUGAUAUUAUGUCUUACAUACUGAUUUGAUGGACAAUGUCAAAUGUUUUCUCUGUAUGUAUCAUUAAGGACAAACUCAAAUCUGGUCUCUGGAUGUGUCAUUACUAUAGUUAUACAAUAAUUAUUGUUUAUUUUAAAAAAUGCGUGGGUUAGGAAUUCUUACCUAUUCAUGUCACUUGAAAUUUUUUUUAGUUUAACUUCCAUCAAACUAUUGUGUGCUGUUCUAUUUUUUCUCCUGUCUUAAGACUCGCAGUGUAUCAGUGAAAUAAUAGUUUAUGAAGAUUUUACAUGUUUUAACUUCAUAAAAAUGUAUUCCAUACUUUGAAAAUUGGAUAUUAAAGAUUCAAAUGCAUUCAUUUGAGCUAAUAUCACACUGGAUAUAAAAUAGACGGUAAUUUAAUAUCUUAUUAUUAUCUUGCAAGUGUAGUUUCAGUAAAGUUGGUUUUUAACACAGAUCAUGAAAAACCUGUCCAACAUAUUCUGAGUUGCUUUUGAAACAGGGAUGACUGGUUCAUCUCAGUUCAUCUGGAUGGUUGCCCUUCCCUUUUUCCUCUCUGAUAUUUACACUUAGUCAAUAGUCAAGUUAGAUGGUUGUCACUUUACCAAGAGGCAUUCAGUCAGAUACCACCCACAUGGUAAUGUGGACAUUCUAAUUUGGUGAAGUCGUCGUUCUUCAGUUACUUUAUGUAUUUAUGGAUAUAUCAGUCAGUGAUUAGUGGCAGAUGUAAUUAUGCCAAAAAUUAUGUUUUGUAAUAUGUAAAUUGUCUUAAAUGUUUGAUGGUUUUAUCAAAUGUUUUGAUUAAAUUGUUUUCUUUAUAACAUAUUAGUACAUAUGUUGUGUUGUAAGUUCUUAUAUGUGUAGGGGUUGUUUUGAAUUUGAUUUGGUAAAAUGUAUUGCUUGAUUUAGGGUUUCUCCUUGGGAAGGUUAAGUGGAAUCAUUCUAAGAAAACACAACACAUUUUAUUGGAAUCAGCAAAAUUUUAUUGCUGUGGUUACAGAAAGGUUUUUUAUGAUUAUAAUGAAGAUGUUUCUGGGGUUUUUUUUCUUUCUAAUUAAUAUUGUUAACCAUAUAUUUUUUGCAUUGUAUAUUUUGAAUGUUUAUCUAAAACAUGUUUGUUUGAUUUUUUUAUUUUGUGUAAUGUUGUUUACCAAGUAUAGUCUUUGUACACAUUGAAAAGAGGGUAUUUGUUAUAAUUGUAAAUAUAUGUACCAAAAAUUCUAAACUAUUAGAGCAAAGAAAACACUGCCAUUUUCAGCCACUGAUAAUUACUGGCAGCAUGUCGAUGAAACAUUAGUUAUUAGUCCUGCUGAAGUUACUUCCCCUUCCAGGUGAUUGAUUAUUUUACCUCAUAUUUAUAUGUGAAAAAAAUUUCUUAAUUGUUGUAACCUGAAUUUUUUUUUUUUUUAACUUUCAAAGUGAAUUUGUUUGGCUUGUAUGUAACAUGUAUUGCAAGUCAGUAUAAUAAUGAUUUCCAUCCGGCCAUUACCAUGUUUCCACUUCUGGCCCUUGUGUUUACAGACAUCAUUCUAGCAAAUGUUGGCAGAAUUUUAUUUACUGGUAGUUUAAAUGUGGUUAAAGUUUCUCUAAUAACCUGUAGCUCUUAAAUUGUUUAAUAGAUGACUUUCAUAUUUAGCGUGGUUGUUCAUCAAAUGAUAGUCUUUUACCAACAUAACCCCAGCCCCAUGAAUGUGAUACUUGAGGCAGUGGCAAGGUCAUUUAGAAUUUGGAUAAAGUUUUCAGUAAAUCUGAAUUAUUUAGUGUAUGACUUUCAUAUUUGGCAUGGCUGUCCACCAGUCUAAAUUGCAUACCCCCAGCCCCAUGAAAGUUUUUCUGAUUGCAGUUAACUCAGAAUUAUGUACCAUAUAUUGCUUUGUAUUAGCCAACUUUUCCAGUUUCUAAAUGCUAUCAGUGCACAAAGUCAACAAAAAAAUGUUUAAGAAAUUAUAAUAAAAUAAUGGCGUACAAAAAAAAGUGAUACUAUUGAAAACUCGUCGAUCAUUCUAGGCUUCAAAACCGUAUCAUUGUAAGUUUAACCAGUAUUUUUAACAGCCUCUGUUAAGUCCCAUACCACUGUCCAUUCGUUUAUUUGAUACAUACAAUAAAAGUUAUAUUCUAUUUGAGAAAUAAAAACAACUCAAUUCUAUUUUCAUUGUGUCGACAAUUUUCAGCUAAAUCCACUUAUUAGUAGUACUAGUAUUUCACACCAAAUUUGUCACGUGAUCAGAAUGGUCAUUAAGUCUUUUUAUGACUGAUCGCUGAUAUUUUGUCCUCAGUUGCAGAUUUAAUUAGUCAGACCUGAUGAUUUUGACUUACCUGUGACUGUUUGUUUUGCAAUUCCUAAUAACUGAUUACAAACUACAAUUUAUUAGGGAUAUCACCACUUAUAAACACAAUGGAAGAGGUAGUGUUCAUCAUUGCAAUUAUCAGUUGUGGGUGUUAAAUAAUAAAAUACUUGUGCACGCAAAGGAAGGAAGGAAAUGUUUUAUUUAACGACGCAC